AUGAUUUGUUCAGAUUUUCAACCAUUCACUAUAGUAAAUGAUCCUGGGUUCAAAAAUUUGAUCAAUAUACUAGACCCAAGAUAUAUAUUACCUAGCCCUUACACAUUAAGUGAGGCCCCUCAGGCAAUCGAAAAUAUAGAAUUAAAUGCUAGUAACGGCACCUUUUUAACAUGUAUUAAAAUACAAUACAACAAUGUCGAAACUGUUUUUGCAUGUAAUCAAAAUAAUUUGAAUAAUUUCACAGAGGCCCCUCAUGCAAUCCAAAAUAUAGAAUUAAAUGCUAGUAAUAGCACUUUUUUAACAUGUAAUAAAAUACAAUAUAAUAACGUCGAGACUGCUUUUGCAAAUAAUCAAAAAAUGUGUAAACGUCAACACACAAAUAACUCAGACUCUAAGGAAGAAGAACUAAAAAAGAAAGCAAGAGAAAACAACGAAAAGAGUACGAUGGCCGUAACAAUACGGCUAUUAACUGAAGAAGUAGCAGAGCUUAGGAAGGAGAUAAGCAAACUACAAGAACUGAUAAAAAGGAAAGACAAGCAUAACAGCGACCUGACGAACCAAGUCCUUCAGAUGUCCACUGCUAUGCAGAACAUGUAUAACAGGAGGACAAAAAGACUGCAAAGCUCCAAAUUGAAACAACUGGCUGCAAUGUAG